UUCAAGUUUUAAUUUUUUAAGUGGAUGUGAUACCUACAAAUUACGAGCAUGAGCUUAAACAAUGUUCCCUCUAAAGCAGACGUGAUGGGAUGGAACCAACAAAGUCUCGCUACCUACCUGAGGAAGGUGAGUAUCAAGAAGCAGCAAUAGUGUUUUUUAGUGUUUUCCUAUAACAGUAAAAAGUGUAGUUUCCUGUGGGAAGGAAUGGAUCUUAAAAACAAAAAAUAAUCAUAUUUUCAUGGAUGGUUGCACUCAUUGGGGGUCGUUUUGGAUAAGAAUCAGCUAAAUCUCAAGUUAUCUGGCUGUGACAAACUAGUGAUAAAGAGCAGCAUAACUGGAGCACACUUCCUGAAAAUGACAGCAUGUGACCUUCAAAUGUUCCCCAGUCUUUAUGUCUCAUUGAUAACUAAGCUCCAGUGUGACAUCAACAAGGGGGAACAGAGGAGGGCUUCCGGUCAAAAACCAAAGGCAAUACCAAAGCCAGUCUUACCUGCACCACCGGAAGAAGAUUGGGACUCCGAUGAGUUUGACUGUGAAAGUGAUCCUGACCAUGGAGGCGGUGUCAUGGAGGAGGACGGCUACAUAUGUGCUCUGAGUGAGCCACAAGACGAAGACGACACGUACGAAGAGAGCUACGAGACGGCGGCCUCUGUAGACACGGUGAAGCCACCCCCACAUCCCAGAGUGGCUAAACUGCAGCACUGUCAAAACAAAGAUUCUGUUCCAGAGCCGAUCCCUGCUGAAAGGAAGUCAAAGGCUCCAAACCCUCCUCUCACAAGUAUGAACCCAACUCCCCAAAGACCUGUCAAUGCGCAACCCCCCCAACCCAAUCUACAUGUGAACAGGAGCAACAAGCCCUCCCAGACCGAAGUUACAAAAUCAAGUAUGUACUGGUUACUGUGUAGUGUUUGUAAAAGUGAAAAAGCAACAUGUUGUCCUCAUGUGACAAUACUACACUUUUCUGUUUUGCACUACCAAUCAUGUCCACAAGAGGGCAGUGCUGUCAAGGCUCCCGAACCACCCACAGCCAGGAUCCCCAAACCCAGAAUCCCCAAACCUACAAAUGUGUUCAGGAUAAGUAAAUGCUCUCGAGCUCCUCCAGUGCCCACACAGCCUACUUUGGCUAUAAAGUCAAUACCAGAACCAACAAAGGGUUUGGAUCCCAGUUGGUAUGGAGGGAAGAUGACCAGACAUGAAGCUGAAGCUGCUCUCAGAGAUAUCAACAAGGACGGAGCGUUUGUGGUGAGGGACAGCUCACAGGGCACUAUUGAGCAUCCUUUCACCCUGAUGCUGCUGAAGCAAGACAAGGUUUACAACAUUAUGAUCCGUAACAAAGGAAACUCCUACUCCCUGGGCACUGGCCUCAGACUCACCAAGAGUUUCCCCGGGGUGAAGGAGAUGAUUAACUAUCACACACACACCCCUCUACUGCUCAUUGAUGCCACACACCAGAAAUCUGAAGCGGAGAACCAGUGCUGUCUGCUGCACCCUGCGGGACUCUGACCAGCACCACCACCAAGCUAAUGGGGCUGAUUGCCUCCGUUUCUGUAUGCUAACGUGUGUACACGAAUCAACAACCACAAAAGAUUGUCACAAUUUUAACAAUCACCAAGAUCAUUAUUAUGCAAUUCCCCUUUUUUUCUAACCUUCUUAGUAUUUUUAAUAAGCAAUAUGGGGAGAAAGAGAAUAUUUUAACAUGGCUGAUGGUUUGUAUAUUUUAUUAAACCAUUUUUCCAGACACACAGCAUUACCUCGGUUCUUCAUGUUUCAAGUUGUCAUGCUGGGGGCUGCUGCUUCAGCGCCUCGUGGCUUUUCAGAGGAGGCAUCUUGUCAGGGUGGCCAACACAAACGAUCAGAUCACAUUGCCUCAGCUGGGUCUGCACUGCAGGAAGAAAACAAAUAUUUCGUUUUAGACGAAGUGCCUCGGGUCAACACAGUUCUUAGAUACUCUCAUUUUCACGUUUAAAAAUAUAUACAAGUCUCUAUAACAAGGAUGGACGGACUAAAAAGUGAAAUACCUGAGAGCUUAAACUGUCUAAUUCCUCUCUGUUUUGACCUGUGAUCAUUAGUCAGUACUGGUAUUCACUGAACUGACACAAAGACACAUUACUCGAACAGGAGUGACUAGCUGUUAACUUUAAAUUACAAUCAAAUUCCUUGACAUAUUAA